AUGUCAAACCACAUCGAGAACGUUCUCAUCCUCGGAGCAUCUGGCUCAGUUGGUGCACCCAUCCUUGAUGCACUCCUCGCCGAAUCCUCCUUCCACGUCACCAUUGUCAGCCGCGCAACCUCAUCUGCCUCGUUCCCCUCCCACAUUCCAGUCAUCAAGAUCUCGGACGCCUUCACGACAGAAGAGCUUACCGCAGCCUUCAAGGGCCAAGAUGCAGUCGUAGUCGCUCUCUCCACUGGCCCUGCUACCUCGGGCGGGAAAGAUGGUCUAGUGUUCCGACUGAUCGAUGCUGCGCUCGCAGCAGGCGUGAAACGCUUCAUCCCUAGCGAGUUCGGCACGAAUAACCUCGACCCCCGGGCUCGCGCAUUCGCCCCUACCUACGAUCGCAAGGGCGAGAUGCUAGAAUACCUGAUAAAGACAUGCAAGAACAGCCAGGGUAAGAUGACGUGGAGCAGCAUCUCUUGCGGGAGUUGGCUAGACUGGGCGCUCGAUCCUUCAAAGUCUGGCAACUUUCUUGGCAUCGAUGUGAAAGGCAAGAAGGCGAUAGUGUACGAUUCUGGAACAAAUCGCUUCGCCAUCACGAGCAGCAAGAAUACUGGACUGGCAGUUGCGAAGGCUCUGCUUAACCCAGCCAUGACGGCGAAUAAGCAGAUAUUCCUAUCUGACCUGUCGGCUAGCACAAGGCAGAUCGUGAGUGCACUGGAAACAGAGAUGAAGGUUAAAUUUCUCGUUGAAGAGAAGCAGAGUGGUCCGGAGAUCAAGAAGCUUCGACAGCAAUUGGACGCUGGAGAUCUGAACGCCACGUAUCCUUUGCUAGCUAUCAGUUUUUGUGCUGAUGUGCAUAUUGGGUGUUACUUUGAAGCUGAACAAGAAGUCUGGAACACCAAGCUGGGUCUGCCCAAGGUGACAUUAGAAGAGAUGGUUCGCGACGCUGUAGAUCUUUCAGCUCGUUCUUAG